CAUUAAGGCUAUCAUUUAUUUAUUUUGUUUUAAGUAUUGUGAAAUGAUUACAAAUGGUCACAUGCUUUGAUUUUGCAAUGUUUGUAAUGUAAACCAUGUUACUACUGUAAACGUCACAGUUUUAUCAAUGAUAGUGUGUGUAACACUAAAACUAAAAUGGAUAUUCCAGCGGGCAGGAAACUAAAUGGCUACAAGAUAAUAGGCAUAAUUUGAUAUGCAGAGUCAUCAUUUCCUUUAAUGAGAAGCUAAACUAACUGUAUUGAUAGUAAAAUUACAUGACAAUCAAAAUGUCUGCAGAAGGAGAUUUAGGACUUGAUAACCUGGACAUAGAAACCUUUCAGCAACACUUGAAUCCAUUUAGUAUUCCAUCACCAGGUAAAGGAACAGAUAUUGAAAAUAAAACAACUUUGAUUGGUUAUACAAACAACAGAAAUGCUGAAACAUUUGUUCAUGAUUUAGAUAUCCUACAAUCACUUGAUGUCAUUGAAGCCAAUGAAAAUGGUGUAAAUGCUUCUCCAGAAUUUCCGACAGAUUGUGUUGGUUCAAGUUCUGAUUCAUCACCGCAGUCACAAUCUGACAGUCAGACAAAUAACUUGGCAUCCUUGACAUUGCUUGAUUCUCAAUCAAAUGGAAAUUUAUCUGAAAGUUUAGAUGAGCCUUCUGAUUCUAAUGCCGGUUUUUGGUCUCAGGUGAUCUCGUCAGACACAUCUGUAGCAGAUGGAGAGCAAGCUUCUAGCUCAGGAACACCGGUAAAAGAUUGGAAACAAAAUGCCUUAAAGUAUCCUCCAUGUGCAGUAUGUUCAGGUAAAUCCUCAGGACUUCAUUACGGAUGUUAUACAUGUGAAGCUUGUAAAAACUUUUUCCGUCGCUACCUUUUGCGUAGUGGUGGGUUCUGCUGUAAGAAAAACAAUAACUGUACCAUUGGUAAUAAAAGUAGAGGUAACUGCUCAGGUUGCAGGUUGAAGAAAUGUUUGGAAGUUGGUAUGUCCAAGGAGAAGUCUAAAAUUGGACGCUAUACACAUUCCCAGCGUACAGAGACAAUCAGGGAAGUUAAAAAACUAGAGGGAAAAUUGCAUAUGGAUGAUGUUGAUGUUAAAAAUGAAGCAGAAUUUGAAGUCGAAGAUUUGUCACUGAAAGUAAAUGAAACCAAUGCAAAAAUUUCAAUGAAUGAAUUGGGUCAAAACAGUGAAAAAGAAAGUUUAACAGAAAGUUUAACUGAAGAAGAGAAAGAAUUGUUGGAAACUUUAACAGUAGCAAUGGAUGCUAUUGAACAUUUUGGUGAAAGAGGAAAGACUGCAGAGGGUAGAAAACAAAUUAUUGAUGAACAUUAUGACCGCUACCUUGCCAAAGUCAAAUUGAUUGGACCAUUGAAAGCAAUACCAAAGGAGGAGUAUUUCACGCUUCUGAAGCUGUAUAAUAUUGAUUUAGAUGGCCGUUGGAGCUUGUUUAAGCAAGAAGCAAAUAACUGCGCUCAUAUUGUUGAGAGGUAUUGUAAGUUUGCAUAUAAAAUUCCUGGCUUUCAGACAAUCAGUGUAAAAGAUCAGGAAUCAUUAUUGAAAGUAGGUCACUGUGAAUUUUUUGUUAUUCUAAUGCACGAGGGGUAUGAUCAUGAGAAACAGAUCUAUCUGGAAAUGAAUGGACUUCCAGCUCAUAUUGAGGAAGCAUCCGAUAAGAUUUUUUCCCGGGAAUUGAUAGAAAUUCAGGCGAAGAUUUUUCAACGCUGGCAAAAGGCUUGUCUAAUGAAGGAAGAAAAAACACUUUUGUGUGCAAUGUCACUAGUUUGUUCAGAUCGCUUAGACCUGGAAAAUCCGACAUUAGUGGAAAAAAUUCAUUCAGAUUUGACUGAGCUUCUCAUGAAAAUUUUACGUAUAAAUUAUGGCCAGGAAGCACAGAAAAGAUUUUCUAAAUUUAUUGACAUUUUGAUGUUUUGUCGUCUAGCAUCGGAUGCCUAUUUUAAAGAGUACCAAGAAAUGAGCAAGUUUGACAUGGUUCAAGAAGUGGCUCCAGCGUUUCCAACACUCUGCCCAGAUAAAUUCUGAACUGGUGACAAGAAAAUUUACCAAUAUAUCCAGGGAGAAUAAUAAAAAUAGCAUAUCUUAACAUAUAAAAUUUUUAUUUAGUUAUCCUUGUAAUAAUAUAAUAUAGAGUCAAGUGCCUGUGUCUUGUCAUUUAGAUCACAUUGUUAAUUCAUAGUCAAACAUUUCGACAGUUUGUAUCAUUCUAUCUUACAUGUAAGAAUUUAGUGAUUAUUAAGAAUUCAUUAAGAGUGAUUAUAGUUUAUAGAUACAUUAGUGCUUUAAAGUAGCACUGCCACUGUUAUGGGUUAAUUUUUAUGAUAACUUAUAAAUUAUUCUAGAUUCUAGUGUUUUGAAAAUUGCCUAUAACUGGUCAAAUAUUCAGAAAUACUCCAUAUACUGACUCCAUUAGUAACAGUACAAAGUUUUGAUGAUAAUAAAUUUGUUUUAUCUUAUUUUGCAUUAUACAUUUAAUGUUUCUGCAAAGUUAGGAAUAUUGAUACAGUUCUUAUAAACAUGCUUUUUAAAAGUUUGAUUUUUUUUUAUAUCUGGAGGCAAUAUAAGUAAGUUCAUAUUAAUAAGUUUGCAGGCAUAAGUGGUGAAAUUAAGUUUAUUUUUAUUUUAGUGAAGUAAUUAAAGUUGUGGUAAAUAUUUUUUGCAUUUUUCUUUCUUUUUGUGCCCCCUAGUUAGUGGCGGGCAUUUAGAUUUACCCUUGUCCGUCCGUCCGUCCUUCCGUCCGUCCUUCCGUCCGUCCGUUCACUUUUGUGUCGCACAUAACUCAAAAAGUAUUUGACCUAGAGUCAUGAAACUUUACAGGAAUGUUGAUCAGCAUGUGUUGUUGUGCACCUGGGUAUUUUCGUGUGGAUAUUUUUAGUAUUUUCAGAGUUAUUGCCCUUGACUUAGUAAAAUUUUGCAAUUUUCAACUUGUGUCACACGUAACUCAAAAAGUAUUUGACCUAGAGUCAUGAAACUUUACAGGAAUGUUGAUCAGCAUGUGUAGUUGUGCACCUGGGUAUUUUCAUCUGGAUAUUUUUAGUAUUUUCAGAGUUAUUGCCCUUGACUUAGUAAAAUUUUGCAAUUUUCAACUUGUGUCUCAUGUAACUCAAAAAGUAUUUGACCUAGAGUCAUGAAACUUUACAGGAAUGUUGAUCAGCAUGUGUAGUUGUGCACCUGGGUAUUUUCAUGUGGAUAUUUGUAGUAUUUUUGGAGUUAUUGCCCUUGACUUAGUAAAAUUUUGCAAUUUUCAACUUGUGUCGCACGUAACUCAAAAAGUAUUUGACCUAGAGUCAUGAAACUUUACAGGAAUGUUGAUCAGCAUGUGAAGUUGUGCACCUGGGUAUUUUCGUGUGGAUAUUUUUAGUAUUUUUGGAGUUAUUGCCCUUGACUUAGUAAAAUUUUGCAAUUUUCAACAUGUGUCGCACGUAACUCAAAAAGUAUUUGACCUAGAGUCAUGUAACUUUACAGGAAUAUUGAUCAGCAUGUGCAGUUGUGCACCAGGUAUUUUCGCCUGGAUUUAUUUAGUAUUUUUAGAGUUAUUGCCCUUCACUUAGAAAAUUUUUGCAAUUUUCAACUUGUGUCGCAAGUUACUCAAAAAGGAUUUGACAUAGUCAUUAAACCUUAUGGGCAGGUUGCUCAGCAUAUUUAGAUAUGCACCUGGGGUUUCGCUUGUGGAUUUAUCCAGUAUUUGUAGAGGUAUUUCCCUUGACUUAGUAUAAAGAUUGACAGAACAGUGGCGCGGUGGGGGCACCCGUGUCCUAUGGACACAUUUCUAGUUUAGAAUUAAAUUCUGUUAAUGAAAGAACUUGUGUUAUCAAAAAUUUUACAGUUAUCAUGCAGAAAAUUCCAAUGUAAUUUAGUGCCUUCUACAUAUGACAUUUUUGUGAUGACUUGUGUUCAAGAAAUCUGAUGCUUUACAUUGUAAUAGGCCUUCCUCUGGUGUCAUGUGUAAAACAGAAGAAAAAAGCUGAACUUGAAAGGACUAUACUGAUGUUUUUUGACAUAAUAGGACUGGAAAUAUUUUUUUUCGAGAUUUUUAUACUAUUUGAUGUAGCUCUAAUCUAAAAUUUCAGAUAACUUUCUCACUUCUGCAGAAUAAUUGUUAUAAAUUGUUUUAACAGUUCUAACUCAAGGCAGGCUAAGACUUACACUUAGUAUUGAUUUUCAACUUUAUUCUAAGUAUGUUCUCCUUCAUCUCUUUCCAUUUUAUUAUUGUAAGAUUAUCAAAUUUUAUGAGCCUCAGUAAAGUCCCUUUAAGUCAUUCAUUACUUUGAAUCGUCCUGUUUGGACUUGUUUUAAACUGAACUAGGUCGUUCACUUCAUAUAUAGCAUAAAAAUUUGAUCUUCCACUUUUAUGUGAUGUGAAAAUGAACUUAUUCACUCAACUUAAGGCAUAUUUUCACAGAUAAUAAACCAGGACAGAGCUCUACAAACAAAGAUAACAUUGCAUCAUACAAAGUACAACAAUUUCAUAUUUUUGCAUUGAGGUCCAAAUUUUCAAAUAGUUUUAGGUAAAAUGUAGCACAUGAAGCUUUAGUGAAGUGUCGACUUGCCUCAAAAUUAUAAAACCUUUAUCUAAAUGGUAUCUCAAACUUCAGGAUUUUCAUUGGCCAGUGUACAGUCUGUGGUAGUUGCUGACCAAUCAGAUUCAUAGGAUUUGAAUUUUAUUCUGUUAAAUUUCUUCAUGACCUCAGACCCAGUAAUAUUUUUUUAGUUAUCAAUAUUAUACUAUAUGUAUAUUAUAUGUCGGGACCAACUCAUUUCAAACCAUGACAUGCAUGUUAUAACAUUUUUUACAAGAUGUAUACCAUUUUUCUUUAAAUUAUAAUGGGACAAAGCUAUGUUUAUGAAUAUCAUACAUUUAUGUCAAUGUAUUAAUCAUAGUAUACUUAAAUGAUGUUUGAUUGAAAAGAUAUCAUGUGUUUGUGAAAAUAUUUGUAUCUAUUUUUCAUAUGACAGCAGUUUAUUUGCACAUAAUUAUAGUGACAAUUUUUUACAUAUCUGAGUUCCAUCUGAUGAUGGUCUACACUGUUUGCUAUUAUAAUUUGUUUAAAAUUUUUCUCUAAAAAUGUUGAAUGGUUUUGCCCAGAUUAAAAGAUGGACAAGUCCAUUUAAGAUAUUUAGCGUGGAAAUACUUAUUUUGUUUGGUCUUUGAUAAUGUUUGUUAGACAUUGUGCAGAUAAUGUUUGUUAGACAUUGUGCAUUACAUAAAUUAACUGUAAUAUAUCUGUUAAAUACUUAUGCAUUCAUAGAUGAAUAACUAAAGCUUUAACAAAAUAAAUAAUUAAAUCAUUCAGUUACCUACAUGUUGAAGGCUUGAAGCAAACCAGUUGCAGUGAAAGUUGCUAUAACACACAUAGUAGUUUUUAUCUUAUUUGAAUAAAAUGUCAUUAGAAAAAAAAUACAUCACUUGUUUAUUUAUAUACACUUAAUGAAACUAGGUGAUUUAAAUGCUUAUCCUGCUUUAAUUUUAAAUCUUUACAACAAUUUAUGUUUAAAGUAGCUUUAUUCAUCAUUACUAUUGCUCCUGCAGUUAUUGUUAAAUUAUUUGCUUUUAAUUCUAUCAUAUUUUUAUUUGCCUGUUGUUUGGAUCCUCGAUUUUAAGUUUUUCAUAGACAAUCAUGUAUUAUAAUAUGUGAACAAUGGCGACCUGCUGGCAGGAUCAGAUUACUACAAAUGACAUUUUUACAGUAAUAUUGAUUCUCUAUAUAUGAUAUAUAUAGUAUUUUCAUUAUUCAUAACAAAAGCUUUCACUGAAGAUUGGCUCGUUUAUAAUGACUGCUGUCAAAGUUAAUGUAUUGUUACUUUGUUGUUACCUUAUUUAUUGCUUUAUUUUCAUUUUUAAAACAAAAACAGAGUUGAUUGCAGAUUUUCUCCUUCCUUGAUUGAAUUUAGAAUAUUUCAAAAUUUAUGUACCAACAACCUUCUAAUUACCGAUCCUUUAUGUGAAAUAUGAAAUAAAAGUGUGUAUUAUGUAAUAGAUAAGAUGUAUCAAUAUUAAAAAUGGAAGUCACCUGUAUGUACCUUCUAGGUACAGUUCAUUACAAAAGCAUGUCAUAUUAGUACUAAGAUGAUUGCAUUUUCAUUCAGGUCUUUGUACAAAAAUAAUACAUGCACAAUCUUUGUUAACGGUUUCUUUCUUAAAGCAGGUUAGUUUGCAAAUUUCUGACUAUAAGAAGAUUUUUUUGCUAACCACCGGAGCACAUAGCACUCAUUAGGUUAAGCUAUUAGGAUCUGUUGUUUGUCCAUUGUUCACACAGUGUGGUUGUUACCACUCUAUACAUAAACAACACAGUUUCUAUUGAUCUUUAACUUUGUCAAAAUGAUUGAUUUAUUCAUAUGUACAUAGAUCCCUGACCUGUCUAAUUCUAAUUAUCAGAUUAGUGGAUACAAAAAGAAUUUUACCACAGCAUAUAUGUUAACAAAAGAGCACAUGUCCAUGUUUGUUGCUAAAUCUGUUGUUAUUCAAAUUAAAGGUUAGAAUAGGGAUCUAUCAAUUGGUGAUAUGUGGUCAAGUAGUCAACAGGUCAAUUCAAAAUAAAGCCAUGUAAACACUACAGAGACCACUAGAUCUUUAUUUAGAAUCAUUGUUGUCUUGAGUUAAUGUCAGAGGGUAUAAUAUCAGAUGUAAGGUAAUCACAGCUUUUACUCUUUGUUUUAUUCAGUCAUGGUGUUUUUUAGGAGUGAUCUUCAAAACAAGUUUGACUGUAGAUUUCUUUAUGGAAAGAAAAUGUUGUCGUUGUUAUUAUAAUCUUAUGAUUACAAUAUCAUGUUAUUAAACUUGUUAUCAAUGUUGUUAUUUCUUGUAAUGGGUAGUUGGUUGUGCAAAAAUAAUUUACACAGUUGAUGGCCUUAAGUUAAUAUCUAUAUUGUUAUAUCAUGUUACUGAUGGCUUUAGGUGAUAUAUAGCCAAUUCUUGAUUCCGUGCAUUAUCCAUUGUGAUGUCAUGUUUCCGGUGUGGUUUACAAUCUGAAAAAUUUAUAUUUAGACUAUCAUUAUGAUAUUAAAGUUAUCAUUAUGUGAUUUCAUGUUUUGUUGUGUAAAUAUUAGUUCUGUGGUUACAAAUUGCACCAUGAUUUCAUAUGGCAGCUGAUUUUUCAUAUUGAGGAUGACUACUAAUUAUAAGGAUUGAUUAUCCUUCACCCUGUUGUACACAUCAUAUAUAUAUUUCUUAAUCCUUUUGAUUGCAGAAUUUCAAUAUAAAUAGAAUUAGUAUGUACCCAGUAUUUGCCAGUGAAAUAUAUAAGAAUAAUAUUAAGUUGUAUACAGACAUUAAAAGGGUUUAAAACAGUCCUUAUGAAUUUGCUUGCUCAACAUUUAGCUUUUUUUAAUGUAUAAAAUGUUGGAAGAAAUUUUUGUAGUCUAACCUGAAAUUAGUGUAGUAUAACCUUAAAAAGAUUUGCUUGCAAUAUUUCUU